UAUUGUCAAACUGAAGAAAUUUUAGAAUAUUGUUAAACAUAUGUGUAGCAUAAUAGUGACUUCUUCUCCUCCUCCUAUUUCUCUUUCUCUCUCUCCCCACCUCCUCUCUCUCUCUCUCUUUCUCUCCCACUUCUUUUGUGUGUUAUGCACAGGAAGAGAACAACAAGGGAUGUAUAGAUACACAUAAAAUAGUCAUAUAAAAAUACAGUCGGUGUUUGUAUAUAUCUUGUUUUUGGAAGACGAUUGUAGACGACACUCAAGGGAGUGGUCAGAGAGGCGCAGCAGCAGGCAGAGAAAAAGCAAAGAGACAUAAUAGGGAGGGAGAGAGGAGAGAAAACAAACACAACAACAAGAGACAAGAAGAUAUUUCUCGAAUAAUAAUCACUCUCUUGUGAAAGCAAAGAAAGAGAAAGAGAGGGUUUGGUUUGCAGUGGAGUCGUCCUUUAUCACCUGCAAGCUGCAGCCACUCUAGCUGCUAAUUAAACAGCAGAUACGGAAGCCGAUCUACACUUUAAUCAGGUAAUUAAGGUUGUUGGAAAGGAGUUGCAGAAGUUUAAGGAAUUAGGCCGACCACCGACUGGCAAUAUCUCGCGGUUAUCUAUGAUUUAUAAUACAAUACAACAAUACUACUCGAGUAUUAAAGGAGGAGCUGAGAUAUAAUUAGGUAGGUUCUUAAGUUGUUCAAUUCUAUGUCCCAAGAUUAUCACCACCAAGCUGCUGGCGGUAUCUUCAGUUUCUCCAAUGGGUACGAAAGAUCGCAAGAAGAGCAGAGGGAUAAGGUCCUGAGAGGGCAAGGGUUUGAGCCACCGCCUCCGCUGGUGGCGAUGGAUGAAGAAGGCGGGGAAGAGACCGGGGGAGGGCUUCAUGGAUAUGAUCAGACGGCUGGGUUGUUAUCGGAGAUGUUCAAUUUCCCAUCCGGUGCAGCCACGGCCACGGAAUUAUUGCAGCAGCAGAUAUCAGGUAAUUAUCACGGCCACAUUAUGAGGCCUUCUUCGUCUCAUCUUCACCGGGAAGCCACGGGACCGAGUCAUGAGAAUUGGUAUACUGGAAAUGAACAUAAGAGCAGUCACAUAGUUAAUCAACAGCAUAUUGGACCGAGCAUUAAUGCAUCGGACUCGGCAGCAGCAGCCAUGCAGCUAUUUCAUAUGAAUCCGUCAUCCGCGAGGUCGCCUUCGCCUCCUCCUUCCACACUCCACAUGUUGCUUCCGAAUCCCUCACCGAAUCCUACUUCGAAUUCUCUCCAUCAAGGCUUUCAUAGCCCAGGGGCUUUCGGGCCAUCGUCUCAUCAACAACAAUUCACUUGGGGUACUCCUGGAAGUACUGGUCAUGAUGCGGGAAGCACCUCUACAACCGGUCAACUCACUCCCCAUCAUCAUCCGAUCAUCGAAGGCCACGGUCAAGGCCUCUCAUUAUCAUUAUCAUCAUCACUACAACAUUUGGAAGCCGCAAAGGCCGAAGAAUUCAGGAAUGCUGGUGGAAGCGGUGGAAUGUUAUUUUUCAAUCAAGGCGGAGGGGGGCCUAAUACGAAUUCACAAUUUCAUAACCAAGCAUUGCAAUUACAAGGUACGGAAGUAGUCCUUGGCGCUCAAAACCAGCCGAUUCAUCAUGUCGGAUUCAGGUCCUCUUCUUCCCUCGGAGUCGUCAAUGUUUUGAGAACAUCAAAAUACGUCAAGGCAGCACAAGAAUUAUUGGAAGAGUUCUGCAGUGUGGGAAGAGGUCAAUUCAAGAAGAACAAGUUCCCGAAGCCUCCGAAUCCAACCGGAAGCUCCGGUGCUGGCACUUCUACUUCUUCCGCCAAAGAUCCCCCUCCUCUAUCGGCUUCCGAUAGAAUUGAGCACCAGAGAAGGAAGGUCAAACUUCUAUCCAUGCUUGACGAGGUGGAUCGGAGGUACAGUCAUUAUUGCCAACAAAUGCAAAUGGUGGUGAACUCAUUCGAUGUGGUGAUGGGGUACGGCGCGGCGGUGCCGUACACAGCAUUAGCUCAGAAAGCAAUGUCACGGCAUUUCAGGUGCUUGAAGGAUGCCAUAGCGGCUCAGAUUAAGCAUAGCUGUGAGUUGCUUGGAGAGAAAGACGCGGCAGGGACUUCAGGAGUCACCAAAGGGGAAACUCCGAGACUGAAGCUGCUGGAGCAAAGCCUGAGACAGCAAAGAGCUUUUCAUCAAAUGGGGGGCAUGUUAGAGCAAGAAGCUUGGCGUCCCCAAAGAGGCUUGCCUGAACGUUCUGUCAACAUUUUGAGAGCCUGGCUUUUCGAACAUUUUCUCCAUCCGUAUCCAAGCGAUGCUGAUAAACAUCUCUUGGCUCGGCAGACUGGCCUCUCAAGAAACCAGGUAUCGAACUGGUUCAUAAAUGCACGGGUUCGAUUGUGGAAACCCAUGGUCGAAGACAUGUACCAGCAGGAAAGCAAAGAAGAGGGAGAUGAAGACGAAGAAACCGAAACAAAUGCACAGACACCAAUGCAGUCCUCUACACUUGCCAGUACUGCUCCUUCAUUCACAUCCACACCUCCCUCCACAACAGUGCCCAUCAAUGCCCCCGAAAGCGACCCUUCACUCCUCGCAAUCAAUACCACCUUCUCGGAAAACCAACCACCCAGCCACCUCUACUCCGCCUCCACCACCCCCCUCUCCACCGUCACCUGCCACCGCCGCGGAGACCCCGAAUACACCGCCGCGCCAAAUGCGGAGGAUCAUAGUAAUAAUAUGGGGUCCACGCUCAUAAGCUUUGGGGCUAAUGCCACGGGUGACGUGUCCCUCACUUUAGGGCUCCGUCAUGUCGGGAACAUGCCCGAGAAGAAUCCUUUUUCAGUAAGAGACUUUGAGGGUUGUUAAUUAGUUGCGCUUAAUUUCAUAUUAUUAUACCCUAGUAUUACAAUUUCAGAAUUAUAAUUACACCCGCGCCUCAAAUUUUUCUUUCGGUUACGUUUUUUAUAUUUUUGUUCUGUUAAGAAAAUCAUAGCUAGCUAGCUAUUAAGCAGUAUGGCCAAGGUAUGUUAAUUGUAUAGCACAUUAUUUUGAUGUUACAUGUAUACUUCCCCCCUGGUGUAGGUAAACUUUAUUCUUUGGAGCAUG